UUUCAAAUUCAAAUUUUCGCGCUUUUUAAUUCGUGAAGACGGCUAGCCCACCCAACUGAAAAACUUGCUGGAUGACGUUUGCUUUGCAAAAGGAAAUAUUUUGGUCCGAUUUGUAAACACAAUUUUUAAAGGGCCACAAUUCUCCGAUCUAACCAUGACUGACCGAAGUGGUGCCAACGUCGAUGCCCUAGACAUGGACGGAAACACUUUUGAUUCGGAAUUGUAUCUGCAGAAAAUACUUAAGGAUUGUACAUUAAAGCAGGUCAUGGACACGGAGGCUGUGAUCGUCAAAGACACCCAGACCCUGCACAGUGACAUGCAAACGCUGGUGUACGAAAAUUACAACAAAUUCAUAUCGGCCACCGAUACCAUCCGGAAAAUGAAGACCGAUUUCAAGAAGAUGGAAACGGAAAUGAAUUUACUGGUCGGAAAGAUGACAUCGAUAGCCGAAUUCAGUGGUGAAAUUACCGGCACGUUACAAGGAACACGACAGCAUCUUUGCAAAUUAGCGGAAAAGCAUUCGCUGCUGCAGAAACUGCAGUUCUUGUCCUCGUUGCCUACCACUCUGAAAUCGCUAACCGAUGAAGGCAAUUACAAAAAAGCUGUCGACGACUACAUCCAGGCACAGAAGGUUUUGGACCAAUACGGAAGUCAUCCAUCGUUUCAGGGCAUUCAACGGGACUGCAUGAACAUCAUGGAUGACGUCAAGGAAAAACUGAAAUCCGACUUCCAGAAACCGGGACUAACUGCCAAAUCUCUGGCUGAAACGGGUGACCUAUUAUUGCUCUUGGAAGAGAGACCGUCCGAUUUGGCUAAGAUCUUACUUCAGAGUGCAUCGCGUCGGCUGCACGAACAAAUUGUGAUGUUGCAGGAUCAAACCGAACGGGAUAUGAUCGAAUUCGUGGACAUGAGCAUCACCGGUUUCCUGAACGAUUUAACAUUGGUCAUCAAUUCGUAUUCGGGGAUGUUUUUCGGCAAAUAUUCCGUCGACAAUGAAAUCUACCAGUUCGAAGAUGCUGUGCGCGAAGACUUGAAUGAAUUUGUGACGAAGAAUGUGGACAAAUAUUUGUCGUUGGUGCAGGAUCGCAUCGACAUUGAAACCGGAAGGGGUGAUUCCGGCAUACUGUUGAAAGCUCUGGACAAAUUGAAUAUUCGAUUGGUGGCCAUGAAGUGCACGUACUGCGAAAUAGACAUGGCAAAAAUUGGAAUGGACAUCAUAAUAAAUGCGGCAAAGCAACUAUGCAACUACCACCUGAAGAGUUUGAGAGAAUUUCUGGCUGACAGUAUCAGCACGGUUCGCCUGUCGCUGACAACCGGGAAAAAUGAGAAUAUUCUCACCAGCGGAAUGAAUUUGAACGAAGUCAUCAUGAACUUUUACGUGUCGACUGUGGAAAAGGUCAAAGGGGUUCUUCAAGACUUAACCAUUUUCCUGCAACCGGAACUCUCCUUUAACUUAAAAUCGACGACAAAAGGUUCGGCAUGCAUUGAAGGGGUCAGAGAGCAUUUAUUGGUCGGAUUCCUGAAACACACCGCUUUAAUGAUGACAUCGUUCGUUGAUGUAUCGCAAACGUGUCCACCGAACCUGCACCUAGUCCUAUCGAAAACUUGCCUAGAAUUCGAUAAGAAUGGCGUCCAUGUUUUGCUUUCCUUGGUCGACGAACUGUAUGGAAUCGAUUCGGCUACAUUAACCCACGAAACAUUCAUCUGCACCGAGAUGCGAGAAUCAGCUCAAGUCUUGCUGGACUCAUACGUUCGUCUGCAGGGACUGCACAUUUCACAGAUGCUACGGAAGAGUGUGGAGACUAGGGAUUGGUUGAAUUGCCUGGAGCCACGUACUGUGCGAGCAGUUAUGAAACGAGUGGUCGAGGAACUGUCAUCAAUUGAACAAAUUCUUGGAGAUCUGUAUGAAAUUGGUACAAAGACGUCAGCCAGCAGCGAUUCCAGUCGAAAGACGCACCUAAGUAAUCUAACAGCAUCAAAGCAACAAUUUCGUUCGAAUUGGUCGAAUUACACACCGUCCCAGUUGGAAUCCAGUUUCGUUUCGAACAUCCAUCGACUGUUCUCGGAGCGAAUAGAGAUUUUCAGUUCGGUGGAAUUUUCCAAAGUUUCAAUUGUCACUGGAAUCAUUAAAAUCAGCUUAAAGACAUUGUUGGAAUGCGUUCGACUCCGAACGUUCAGUAAAUUUGGUCUGCAACAAGUGCAAGUGGAUGCUCAUUAUCUGCAAAUGAAUCUCUGGCGUUUUGUGUCGGAUGAGAACCUCAUCUACUUCUUGCUGGAUGAGAUUUUAAGUUCGGCAGUUCAUCGAUGCUUAGAACCGAAUCUGAUGGAGCCGAAUGCUGUGGAAAUUAUAUGUGAACGUGGCUAGUGCUUCGAUUGUGUAAUUUAUAGCGGAAUAAAAGCGCGGCAGCCCUACAA